AAAGGAUGGACCAGUUUUCGGUGUUGUUGCCUCUUUAGUCGAACCACACCAACAUAUUUAAAACAUUAGUAACUCGUUUGCUUGGAAUGGAGACCUGUUGAACCUUUUGGUGUGGUAACAUUUCCAUGACAGUUCUAUACUUUCUUACGGUACUUCACUUUCUUCUCGCUAUCUUAACCAUGUCAAGCUAGGCAGACUAGUGCCACUCGCGGAAGUGCACUCUGUUUGCCUUUCACAAUAAAAUACACGACCACACGCUCGAAGAUGCGCCUUUUAUUCUGAAACUUUAAAAAGUUGGCAGAACAUCCUCAUUUUUGUUGUGUCAUGCUUGACGCUUGUGCAACUACUAUAUUUGCACGUAUUUUUCUACGUUGUAUUUUUUUCUUACAUUGUGUGUGUUGAGUAGCUUCGAGGCAUCCGGUAACUUAGUGCGAGUAACUUCGUACAGGGCUUUUUGUUAGCCGGUAACAUGUUAGAUGUGUGUGCGGUUUUGUAGGAGUCUUUCAGAAAGAGUUGUCGUUAGGCCUGUUCGGGUUAUUUCCAUCACUGCCACUGGCUAACAAGUCCCUAAACAGAAAUGUCACUGGGGGAAUAUGAAAGACAUUUCGACUCGCUAAAUUCAGAUUUGGGCGGCGGGUCUGUGGUCAGUGAGCGAUCAGCGUCUGGCACUUUUAAUGGCGAAGAGGAGAAACUGCAUUACAUUCCUAUCCGGAUCCUCGGGAGGGGGGCGUUUGGUGAAGCAAUUUUGUACAGAAGAACAGAGGACAACUCUCUGGUGGUAUGGAAAGAAGUGGACCUGAACUCGCUUUCCGAGAGGGAGCGAAAAGAUGUCAUGAACGAAAUAAACAUCCUCUCCAUGCUGGAGCACAACAACAUCAUAGCCUACUUCAACCACUUCAUGGAUAAAAACACCUUGUUCAUUGAGUUGGAGUAUUGUAAUGGAGGGAAUCUGUACGAUAAGAUCAACCACCAGAAUGGGAAACUUUUCAGUGAAGAGGUGGUGAUAUGGUAUCUGUACCAAAUUGCUUCAGCAGUGUCCCACAUCCACAAGGCUGGGGUCUUGCACAGAGAUAUCAAAACUCUGAACAUUUUCCUGACCAAGACGGACCUCAUCAAGCUGGGCGACUAUGGACUUGCAAAGAAGCUAGGCUCUGAGUUUUCAAUGGCAGAAACUUGUGUGGGAACUCCAUAUUACAUGUCACCUGAAUUGUGCCAAGGUUCAAAGUACAAUUACAAAUCAGACAUCUGGGCCAUGGGGUGUGUCAUUUUUGAAGUCUUGACUCUUACAAGAACAUUUGAUGCAACGAACCCUCUGAACCUCUGUGUCAAAAUAGUCCAGGGCAACUGGACUAUGGAUGUGAACUCUGAUGUCUAUUCAUCUGCAUUGAUCAAACUGGUGUACGACUGCCUCGAUCAAGAUCCUGCAAAGAGGCCUACGGCUGAUGAGAUCCUGGACCAGCCACUCAUCGCCUGCUGCAAGCAGGAGCUUGAAGAGCGAGUCGCCCUGCUCAAUUCAGCAAUAAAAAAACCAAAGCUGAGUACAGUGACGGACACCCCUGUUGCUGUGGUGACCACACGCUCAAGAGAGGUAUACUUCUGGGGUGGAGGAAAGUUCACCCCCCAGAAAAUGGACACAUUUAAGGGAGGCAGCAGUGCCCAACAUGUGUGUGCAGGGGAGAGUCACUUUGCAGUGGUGACAGUGGAAAAGGAGCUGUAUACCUGGGCUAAUGUCCAAGGUGGAGCCAAGAUGGUGGGCCAGCUGGGACAUGCAGACCAGGCAUCGUACCGGCAGCCAAAGAGGGUGGACAAGCUACAGGGGAAGGCCAUCCGACAGGUGGCAUGUGGGGCUGACUUCACUGCCGUUAUCACCGAUGAGGACCAGAUGUACAUGUUUGGGUCAGACUAUUACGGCUGCAUUGGAGUGGAGAAUGAGCUUGGCACGGAGAUCCUGGAGCCAGUGCUUUUGGAGUUCUUUGAGGAACGGCCUGUCCGUCAGGUUUCGUGUGGAGACAACCACGUGGUGGUCCUGACUCAGAAUGGGGACAUCUACUCCUGGGGCUGCGGAGAGUAUGGGCGUCUCGGCCUGGAAUGUGAGGAUGACUUCUCUUCUCCGAUGCAAGUAGAGAUCCCUAAAGCCGCCACCAUCUCCUCAGUGUCCUGUGCCAGCGAUGGAACCUUCUUUAUAACAGAAACUGGCAAAGUCCUAGCAUGUGGAAACAAUGAAUUCAACAAGCUUGGUCUUAACCAGGGUAUCUCUGGUCUCAAAAAUCACCCUGGAGAGUGUUGCCAGGGGAUCCCAUACAUCACCACACUGACCUUGGUAAAGCAGCUGUCGUGGCUCAAGAUUCAGGCCAUAGCUCCAGGGAAGACCCACACAGCUGCCAUUGAUGUACGUGGUCGUCUGAUUACCUUUGGUUGCAACAAGUAUGGACAGCUGGGUGUUAAGGACUUUAAGAAACAUCAGGGUGUCCAGGUCCUUGUUGGACCCUUUGGAGGGAAGACCGUGAACAAAGUUUCUUGUGGAGACGGCUUCACCAUCGCAGCCACUGAGGACAAUCAGAUCUUUGCAUGGGGGAACGCAGGAAACGGGCGACUUGGGAUGCCGGCUGAUAAGGGAUUUGGUUCAGAGGUAUGCCCUGCCAUGCCAAGACCUAUCUUUGGUUCCCUCCACCAUGUACCGGACCUGUCUUGCCGUGGCUGGCACUGCAUUAUCAUAAUGGAGAAAGUGCUCAACUGCAAGACUAUUCGCUCUAACAGCAGUGGAAUAUCAGUUGGGAGUGGACUGAGCCAGGAGGCAUCUUCAUCCACAGUGGAUCUGGACAUAGAGCCUGGAUCAGUGACAGAUAGUGGUGACAGAGGUCUUGGGGGCACUAUGGAGGAUAAUACAGAAGGGUGCUUCCUGGCAACCCCGAAUAUGUCAAUGGCAAAUCAGACUGGGGACAGCUCCUGCCCUCUCUGGCUUAGAAAGGAGCUUGAAAACGCUGAGUUCAUCCCCAUGCCAAAUGACCCUGAGCUGUCCACUCCAGCCCAGCUCUCUUCUGUCUCCGAUAGCGUCACUCAACCUUAUGAGCAUCUGAAAGAGAUGACGGCGGCAGCAGCAGCUGUCAGCACUAACAAUGACCUAUCGACUAAACGAAUGAGCUGUUCUAAAGUCAAUGGACUGGAGGAGGAUGACGUCUGCAAAAAAGGAGAAUCAGGCGCUUGCUGCAACGCAAGCAGCGAGGUCACACAGCUGCGGGAGACGGUCGCUCGUCAAGAGAGCAGGAUCCAGAAACUCGAAAAACAGGUCAAUGAGCAGCAAAAGGAGAACGAAAGGCUCUGGGCAGCAAUCAACCGUUCAACGCUACGGGAAGCUGAAUGUGACAAUAACGGAAACCUUCCCUCUGACGCCCGUACAUCCGGGGACGGAGGAGAAAGAGGAGGAGGUGGAUUCACAAACCAUGGGAGCCGGUCGGCAGGCGCCUGCGAGUGAGGCCGAACCUGCAGGUGUUGUAAUUAUGGGAGAAACUCUUUUUGAAUUAAACAAGCUGGUUAGAUGGGAAGUGGAGACUGCACAGCCUUGUGUCUGUUCACAGUGGUUGCAUGCAGUAUAAACGUUUGGCAGAGCUAAGUUGCAUGAUCACAUUCUGUUACAUGUGUGACACUGUAUUAAAACCCUGCACAGUCUGUUCUGCACAAUUGUGUUGAUGUCGGUGCGAUGAUCUAGCUAGUUUCUCCACAGACUGAAAUGUUGGCUGGACUCAACAUGAAACAUCGGACCAUGACACCUGCGAGAGACAAUCCUAUCCAUCAUAGUGUUCAUCUGCAAUGUGAAUGAUAAGUCCAUGUUUUGUAUCGUUGACUGCAAGUGAUGUCAGCGUCGAGGCUGCAGUCCUUAGUGCUUCACAUAUUCAUAUUUAUCAAAUUACAGAUAAGACCACAAAUAGGAAGCAGUUUGCUAAGGCAUCCAAAGAUUAGUGUUUCCUAAAUAAAUGUUGAAAGAUGCGCUGCCAGGACGUUGCCCAGAUUGCUUAUGAUUCAUAUUGGAGCCAUCUUCCACUGUGGAAACAUAACUUUCGGUAACGCUUUAUAUUAAGGUCCUUGUAAUAACCAUUAAUUAACAAGUAAUAAGGCAUUGUUCUCGCUUUAGAUCCCUUUAGCAUAGUUUACUUAUAAUAGAUGAGCAAUAAAGUAUAUUUUGAUAUCAAUAAGCAAACAAAAGAUUAAUAAAGGCAUGGCAAAGACAUAAUGGGUGGGUUAUGGGUGUUUGUAAUGCUAUUAUGAAGAAUUAUAAGAUACUCAUGAGGUUUUUAUUAAUGUUCUUAUUAUAAAUCUCUUAUAGCCUGCUAUUAGCUGUAUUAUAAUGCCAUUAUUAACACUUAUAUAGGCUUAUAAACAAACAGUAAUGUUAAUAAGCAUCUUGUAAGGACUUACAAGGGCCUUAUUACUUGUUAUUAAUGGUUAUUACAAGGACCUUAAUAUAAAGCGUUACCUAACUUUCUAAUGUGUCACUUUAUUUUAAUUUCAUUUGAUAAAAAUAAUGUCUAAAGCCGUUUUUACAUAUUUACCAGACAUUUUAGUUAUUACGAACAUAUUCUAAUUAUCUCAUGCAAAUAUAUACUUAAAGUAAAUUGCAUGUUGUCGUAUUACAGUAUUUGUGUGAAACAGGAAACUACUGAUUCAUUUUUUUAAUGACUUUUAGUUACUUUUUCUUCUUCCUUUCUUUGACUGUUGAAUUCUUGUUGGGUCAGCACAUGUAGGUCUUUCUUUUUGGUGACUUGUAUGAACACUUGAAAAGUUUGCUUUGAAUAUGAAAGCAUUUAUGAUAUAGCUCACAUUUCAGCUAUGAUAUUUUCUUAUUACAUUUUUUUUUAACCCUUUUAUUUGUCUUUGGUACUUUCUGAAAUUAUGUUCUGCUGCAUUUUGCAUCAUUUGCCUGCCCCUUUGUAUUGUUUGACUUCCAUUGGUUUUGUUUAUUGUAUGUGUUAUAAUAUAUAUAUAUAGACAUAUAUAUGUAUAUUUGUGUGUAAGAACAUUUGUCAUAAUCAGCUUACAUUGAUUACAUUUUGACCAUUGGUCAGUGAACAGUCAGUCCAUGCUGUAACAUGAAAUAGAAAAUACAGUCAGAGUGCCUUAUCAAUCUAUUGAAACCAAAUUUCUGCAAAUAUGACAAUGAUGUGUCUUUGGUGAUUUUUUUUUUUAAAUACAAUGUGUUGACAGCAUAGUUUUUUAAACAGGUAACCAGAUAUUGUGGAAAUGUACAAUGUAACAGUUGUAUAAACAUGUAUCACACAGUUACACUGUUGCUUCAUACAUACUUGUGUAAAAGCUAUAAACAAAACUAACAGCUGUCUUUUGUU